AUGCUGAAACAGGCGUUGUACAUCCCCUCCUACCCGCAGGACAUCUUUUCUGUAGAAGCAGCUACUUCCAGCAGAGCCACCGUAAUCUUCAAGCAAGGGGAAAAUGUUCUACAAAAUAAAGAUGGUACAAAAUUCCACAUUCAUAAGUACAACAGACUUUACUACUUACACACAUUAGAUGAUGAAUGUGAUGACCAAAUUUUUGAGCGGCAGACACAAACUGACUUGAAUCCUGAUGAUGACAAUUUUGAGGUACAUAAUAGGGCAAACAAGACCGGGCAAAAUGCUAAUGUGAGUCCAGGAAGUACUCCGGUACAGGUUCCAGUAACUAUGCCUGAGGAGAACAGCCAAACACAGCCAGAUGAGGCCAAAAAUGGACCUAAAAGAUACCCUCCUAUAGUGAGGAAGACACCAAGUUAUCUGUCUGAAUAUGUAUCUGGUGAGGAGAGUGAUGAUCAGGAGUGGUUUUUGGGCAGAUGCCUUCAUAAUGAAGUUCAGACAAUUACCCACCACUACACCUUCUCGGAGGACCCCUCUAGCUUCAGAUAUUCUGAAUUCAUGGUCGGCUGGGUCCUCAGCUGCCCUCUGGUUAAGAGAACUGCAGAAUGUGUAAUUUACGAGGAGCCUUAAUUGUAUUUCACGAUUGACCUUCAUUAUGAGAUUGCCCUCUAAAUUUGGGAGAAAGAGAGGUGUCCAGCAGUAAAAGUGUUUUGCUCAGAGUUGCAUGGCUUGGCUUCCGCCGAAUACUGCGAUACAACCGUCAGGACAUUCUUCCCCACCUGUUGGCAGCUCACCAUUUUUGGAACAAACCCACUUAAUUAUUUUGGUUUUUAUGUGUGUAUGUUCUUCAUAUGGAAACCCUGUACAAAAGGAGGACGUUUUUUUGUUGCUGUAAAAACAUAUAAAAAAUUCCACACAGAUAGAGUUUCUUUAGUGAAACAGACGUGGGAAAAAGAUGCUGAUUCGCUAGAUUUCUACAGUGACAUCACAGACCCAUAAAUACCCACAAUCCACUUGGGAGUUCUUAACACAGAAGGAGACUGCCCAGACUGUGGAGGUUGCUAUGAUCCAAGUGAAGCUGUGAGUACUGGAGAAUGUAAUGUCUAUGGGCUUAGCAGGGACAGGUACAUCACAGGGGGUGGAGUGAUGGUGUUCAGUAGAGUGGCAGUGUAGAAUGUUCUUGUAGGGGGUUGUGACAGCUGCAGUGCUGAUGCACCUGAGGUGUUAGGAAUGUGUUUGAACACACUGUGGCUCCCGCUUUCACACAGUCCAAUUUUCCACCAGGCCCAUCCAGAGGAUUGUGCGAAAGAGCUCCUGGCCCAAAAGAGGCCAGUCUCCUUCCACAAACUCUGGAACAUCAACCCUGUUGCUGUAUACCAGCGCUGGCUUACAGACACAGAAGAGCCUCAACAGAGGAGACCACAUGAACUCACAAACACCAGAGAGGAACUGUAG